AUGACAAAGGCAAAGAUGGUCCAUUACACAACAGUGAAGCUUGAAAGUCCUAUUGCCGAAAAAAGAGACAACUUCCCUGCUGUUUUAACCAUCGCAGGCUCAGAUAGUUCAGGAGGUGCCGGUAUUGAAGCUGAUUUGAAGACAUUCAGUGCACAUCAAGUAUAUGGUUUGACAUGUAUAACAGCAUUAACAGGUCAAAAUACGCAAUCUGUUAAGUCAUUCGAACCAACACCAGAGUACCUUUUAAAAGACAUAUUAAAGCUCAAUUUCGAAGACUUUUUGGAGGGAUAUGAGAACUCAGAAGAUGCUCCAUUGAAGGCAAUUAAAACUGGUAUGUUGACUAAGACAACAAUUGACGUAUUAAAAGAUCAUCUAGAUUACCUCAGAGAAAGAAAUAUUAAGAUUAUUGUAGAUCCGGUUAUGAUAAGUACGUCGGGAUCUCAAUUAUUUGAUGCUGAUGGUAUGAGAGAUUGUGUUAACACAUUGAUAAAGCAAGCAUAUAUCGUGACGCCAAAUUUUCUAGAAGCAAAGAGCUUGUUUGAAAUUGCAACUGGGAAGAAAGCAGACAUUGAAAUUCAAGGUUUAAAUGAUUAUAUUAAUUUGGUAAAAGAGUUGCAGAAGGUGCUAGGUUGUGAGAAUAUUUUAGUGAAGGGUGGGCACAUACCAUGGAAUCGUCUACAAAAUAGACCUUAUGAAGGAAACUUUGAUGAUAAUAGUAACCAAGUUUGUAUUAUCGAUAUCUUAUACGAGUCAAAGACCGAUUCAGUUAAGGUGUAUGAAUCUGAAUUCUUGAAAACAAAAGAUACGCAUGGGACUGGCUGCACUCUACUGUCCGCAAUAGCUGCCAACAUUGCGAAAGGGUAUUCACUUCAAGAGGCGUUGCCAUUAUCAAUUCAUUAUGUCCAGAAAAGUAUGGUAAGCUUGAAGAAGAAAUUAGGUCAUGGAAAUGGCCCAUUGUGCCAUACAGUUGUUCCAGAAACAAAGCCUAGUCUUGUAUGUAAGCAAGACGAAUUGGAUAUCUCUCAUUACUUAUUGGAUAGUUACGAUUCUUUCUUGGAUUAUCUUAAGACACAUCCUAAGGUUAGCAAUAACUGGAAAAUGUACAUACACCACCCAUUUGUGAGUCAACUUGCCCAAAAUAAAUUAGAAUUUAACAAGUUUCUUUAUUAUUUGAAGCAGGAUUACUACUAUUUGAUAAAUUAUGCGCAAAUUCAUGGGUUGGCUGCUUCCGUUUCGGAUGAUUACAAUCAGAUUCAUACGCAAUCAGUCAUAAUGGAUGAAAUCGUAAAAGAAAUUGAACGUCACAGAGAAAAAUUGAUGAAAAAUUAUAACAUUCAUUACGAUAGAGAUUUUGAGUCAGACACUGAAUUGUCUCCUGGUAAAGCAUGUGAAGCAUACUGCAAUUAUCUCUUAGAAAUAGGCAAAAAGGAAGAUUUCUUAGGGAUUCGAGUCGCUUUGGCCCCUUGUUUACAUGGUUACGCUGAAGCUGGAGACUUUGGCUUGAAAAUAAGACAAGAUCACGAUAAAUCUUUGGGUGUUCUUGAAUCCGAAGACCACGCCAAAGUAUACGAUUCCUGGUUGGCAGACUAUACAUCUGACUGGUACCGCGAGGCAUACGAAAGGGGAAAAAGUUCUUUGCAGUCUUUACUCGAGCAUUAUCCUCUUUCACAAGGACGGUUAGAUGAACUUGUUGACAUUUUCAAUAAAGUGACGCUUUUAGAAAUUGAUUUCUGGGAUGAGGUUCUUCCAUAA